UAUUGUGGUUCUGGUGUGACCUUCAGGGCCACGCUGGCAGGACUGUAGGCCGGCUGGGGAAACCUUGCCUGCCAGAGCUCGUAGAGCCCGGGCAGGUGUAUGGAUACCAAAGCGGCCGUUCUCAAGUGACACAUCCCACUUAAAAACGAGGUUUGCAGGGGGUGAUGGAUAUCCAAGGGUGUCUAAGAUAAGUUGCCAUUAGAGGGAGCUGCCUCGUAGUAUGCCAGCACCUCUUGGCCUGUGGGUCUGGGAUACCCUAGUAGAGAUGACCGUGCACUUGAAUAUCUUGAGUCUGGUGCUUAAGUGAGAGAGAAAGAGAUCUGUUCAGGAGAUAAACAUGUCAGGCGCUUAGCCUAGGGAGAAAGUGGAAAGUGCUAAUUCUAGGAAGUUGAAGAUUGCAGUGCCAGACAUGAUCCGUGAUCAGACAGGUUGACUGUAUAUGGACCAUACAACAAAGCUGUGAUGGUACUGCUGGACUGGGAUGGAAAGGUGUCGGAGUUUAAGAAGAAGAUCCAGUCAAUUAUGCCUGGAGAGCCCAGCAACUUGAUGUGUGACACCAAGCACCUGCCCCCUGAACACUCGGAUGUGGUAAUCGUAGGAGGUGGAGUGGUUGGCCUAUCAGUAGCCUUUUGGCUGAAGAAGCUGGAGAAGAGACAAGGUGCUAUUCGGGUGCUGGUGGUGGAACGAGACCACACGUACUCAAAGGCCUCCACAGGGCUUUCUGUGGGUGGGAUUCGUCAGCAGUUCUCACUGCCUCAGAAUGUCCAGCUCUCUCUCUUUUCAGUCGACUUUCUACGGAACAUUAAUGAGUACUUGGCUGUGGUCGAUGGCCCUCCCUUGGACCUCCAGUUCAACCCCUUGGGUUACCUCUUGCUAGCUUCAGAAAAGGGUGCUGCCGUCUUGGAAACCAAUGUGAAAAUGCAGAGGCAGGAAGGGGCCAAAAUUUCUCUGAUGUCUCCUGAGCAGCUUCAGAAGAAGUUUCCCUGGAUAAACACGGAGGGAGUAGCCCUGGCAUCUUAUGGGCUGGAGAAUGAAGGUUGGUUUGACCCCUGGUCUCUGCUUCAGGGGCUUCGGCGAAAGGUUCAGUCAAUGGGAGUCCUCUUCUGCGAGGGAGAGGUGACACGUUUUAUUACUUCAUCUAACAGCAUGAGGAACUCAGAUGGGGAAGAGGUGAACUUGAAAAGGAUCCAUGAAGUCCACGUCAAGAUGGACAACAGCCUGGAGUACCAGCCGGUGGAAUGUGCCAUAGUGGUCAACGCCGCAGGAGCCUGGUCUGGGCAGCUUGCAGAACUGGCUGGUAUUGGGAAGGGGCCACCUGGCACCCUGGAGGGCACCAAGCUACCUGUGGAACCGAGGAAAAGGUUUGUGUACUUGUGGCACUGCCCCCAGGGGCCAGGCCUGGAGACGCCCCUGGUGACAGACACCAGUGGAGUCUAUUUUCGCCGGGAAGGACUGAGCAACAACUAUGUGGGUGGCCGUAGCCCCACUGAGGAGGAGGAACCAGACCCAGCAGACCUGGAAGUGGACCACGAUUUCUUCCAAAACAAAGUGUGGCCUCAUCUGGCCCAGCGAGUGCCAGCCUUCGAGGCUCUAAAGGUUCACAGCGCCUGGGCUGGCUACUAUGACUACAACACCUUUGACCAGAAUGGUGUGGUGGGCCCCCAUCCGCUAGUGGUCAACAUGUACUUUGCUUCGGGCUUCAGUGGCCACGGCCUCCAGCAUGCCCCGGGUGUGGGGCGGGCUGUGGCCGAGGUGCUGCUGGGGGGCUGCUUCCAGACCAUCGAUAUGACCCCCUUCCUCUUCAGCCGCUUUUACUUGGAGGAGAAGGUCCUGGAGCAAAAUAUCAUCUGAGCUUGUGAGCUCCUCCGCACUGGCCCCCACUGCCAGGUCCUUCCCGCACUGCUCCGGGGCCUCAUUCCUUUCCCCACCACCCUCACUUUGGCCACACAUCCCCCACGUGGCUGGGCAGGCCAGCGGGCACAGACACUGAGCUGCAUGCCAGUAGCAAGUGACAGGGCAGGACUUUCAGACUGAUCUCUAGCCCAGGCCAUUGCCACCCAAGGUGGUCUAGGACCUCGAGUCCUGAGAGCCCAGCUGAGGACUGACUCCCUCCUGGUGCUGACCCUGAAAGACAGCCUCACUUCUGGACAGAGCACAGGUGCAGAAGCAUUGGGGUAGCCCAGCCCAGAUGUACUGCCUUUUCUGUUACCCCAGUCAUCGAUCAAUAAAUGUGGUGAACUCCUUCA